AUGGAGGAAGCAAAAGGUGUUGUGAAGCACGUAUUGCUAGCAAAGUUCAAAGAUGAAACCACAGCUGAGAAGAUUGAGGAACUCAUCAAAGGCUAUGCCAAUCUUGUCAAUCUCAUUGAACCUAUAAAAGCUUUUCAAUGGGGCAAGGAUGUCAGCAUUGAGAACCUGCAUCAAGGUUUCACUCAUGUGUUUGAAUCCGCAUUUGAAAGUACUGAGGGCAUUGCAGAAUAUGUGGCUCAUCCUGUUCAUGUCCAAUUCGCAACCUUGUUCCUAGGCCACCUGGAGAAGGUACUUGUUAUUGACUACAAGCCCACCGUUGCUCGUUGCUAAGUUGAAAAAAGUAUAGAACUUGUUGUCUUGUCAGGUAUCCUGCAAUCUAGUUUCUGAAUGUUGAGUUUUUCAUGGUUCUUGUCCUGUCUGUUGGAUUAAAUAGAAAGAUAUCUUGACAACGUCUUGACGUCCUGUAUCAACGCUGUUCUUGUUCUGGAAUGUUUCU